AUGAUGACUAUUUUGGAAGACUUAGCAAUACCGCCGAAUCACAUUGGUCAUGUGAAUAUCGCUUCAAACGAAUCGAACGACUACAAUGGAGAAGUUUUUGUCGAAUUUGGAACCAGACUCAAGCAAUCUUAUGAAUAUUGUAUUCCAAGGUGCAUAACUUAUUCGCAAAAUGGCGUUUUACCAGUGAUGAACUUGUCCUGCAACUUGCUGGAUUUCAAAGCAGAAGAAUUAUUUACCAGGGGAACGCCGUGUUUACAAGAGAAACACUUUGUAAACGAGAAAAAGUAUCUUCGUAGGGAAACGACUCCCAAGAACAAAGUGUUCAUGAAGAAAACGUUUCUUCAAAAGGAAGAUUUCCCAGAACAACGUGUUCAUGAAGAAAACUUUCCUUGGAAAGGAAAAGAUUCUCCAGAACAACGUAUUAAUGAAGAAAACGUUUCUUCAAAAGGAAAAGAUUAA